AUGAGUUCUUAUGAUUCUUGCUCGAGCCGGAUGAUGAAAAAUUAUCAUGUCCGGUUCCUUUGGGGGAUGAAUCGAAUCUAUAAAAAUUCACCUAUCCUAAUAACAAAAAAACCUGACUUGAAUGAUCCUGUAUUAAGGGCUAAAUUAGCAAAAGGUAUGGGGCAUAAUUAUUAUGGGGAGCCCGCAUGGCCUAAUGAUCUUUUAUAUAUUUUUCCUGUAGUAAUUUUAGGUACUAUUGCGUGUAACGUAGGCUUAGCGGUUUUAGAACCAUCAAUGAUUGGUGAGCCGGCGGAUCCGUUUGCAACUCCUUUGGAAAUAUUACCUGAAUGGUAUUUUUUUCCUGUAUUUCAAAUACUUCGUACAGUACCAAAUAAGUUAUUAGGCGUUCUUUUAAUGGUUUCAGUCCCUGCGGGAUUAUUAACAGUUCCUUUUUUAGAGAAUGUUAAUAAAUUCCAAAAUCCAUUUCGUCGUCCAGUAGCUACAACUGUCUUUUUGGUUGGUACCGUAGUGGCCCUUUGGUUAGGUAUUGGAGCAACAUUACCCAUUGAUAAAUCCCUAACUUUAGGUCUUUUUUAAAUUGAUUCAAUUAUGAAAUAACAUGACGUGUGUAUCUAGGGAAUAGUCGCUUCAAAGUGAAUUUUCCCUAGAUACAUCUAUUCAAUUAAAUUAUUUUCAUCUUUUAUUUUUAAAAUCAAUUACAAAAUGCUUUUCUAAAGUGCCAAAUAUUUGUUUUACGUCUUCUAUGCGAAAAUGCUCCAUUUUAAUAAGAUCUUCUUGACUGUUAUUCAAAAGGUCCAAUAAUGUGUGUAUAUUGGAUUUUUUGAGGCAAUUGUAGAUCCUAGGUGGAAAUUCUAA